CUCGAAUAGGCAGGAAAUCAGAAACUGUGGAAGGCGCCAUUAGCGAUCGCCAUCAUUGGUAGCAAUGAUGGCACCAAGCACCCGAAAUCCCGUUCUUAGUGGCUCUCAUAUCGUGGACGUCGUAUUCAGGCAACACGCCUGGUAACAGGUUCACUCUCAUCUCUUCGCCUCAGGACCAUCCACGCCCACUGUGGUCAUUUAUAAACUGACGUGCAAACUCAUCCCGGAAUGGGCAGCCUCCUGUCAUUUUUCAAUCCGUUUUUGGCCCUCAGAUAUCCUCUGGUCUCCGCAAAAAGUGGGAGGGGUUGUCUCUUAUUGGAGGCUUGGAUAUUGUCUUCUCCGGGGCGCGACGGGGCAGCAUGGAUAAUCCAAUAUUCACUAAAGCUGAUUGAUUUGCUUCAAAAGCUUCCAAACCCCAAGUGGUGCGAGGCCAAGGAUCAAUGCUUCUUGCGAGAACGUCUGCAGGCCGAAGUCUUAGCGAGAUGACGCUGCACUAUCUAGUAGAGGCUGACAUGCCCCAGCCCCGUUGCUUGAUAGGCGCCGCGUGGUACUGUGAAAUUGACUGACCAGCAGCAUCGGCGCCCAAAUAUUACUCCAAGGAUGUCGUGUAAUACGUGUCAAUUUAGGGACACAAUAGGUCCGGCCAACCCCCGCUACAUUACAGCUACGGCAUGUAAAAGCCAUCCCCUCGUUGGACAGUUCCGUUAAAUCGUGCCGGUAGCAUGACUGCAAUGCUUCUGCUUCAGGC